AUGGCGCCCGGAGAUAAAGCCAAGGCCAAGUUUUACGCCAUCAUUGAGGACCCCAAGAGAUAUGAUACGACUUGUUACAAAAACAGGCCUAUGGCCACUAGAACUCCGUCCGGAGGAUCCCAACUGACGAACGUCGUUAGUCGAAGGGAAAGUACAAGUAGCACUGGGUCAAGCAACCAGCAGCAGGGUAUAAGGAGCAUGUUGAAGAACUGGAUCUCACGUCCGGCAGACUCCUACAACCGCACUCUCAAAGACGUAUUUCCAUCCAUCCGCUGGGUCUUCCCUCAAGCCGGGCUGAGCAGGCCUUCAGCAUUCCCAGGAGACAGAGUCUCGCAAUGGUUCGACAUUUGGAAUGUAUCGGACUUUACCGACCGCGAGAAUAUGCAGGCCGAAGGUCUGAGAAGAAGUGUAGCCGCCAUACGGGAAAUCAUCGCUGAAGAAGCUGAGUUGCUUGGCGGAAAGUACAAUCACAUCAUCUUGGCCGGGAUCAGCCAAGGUGCUGCGACUGGUGUACACACGCUUCUUAACCUGGCUUUACCCAAGGGCCAGGACGGGCUCGCGGCUUUUCUGGGAUUUUGUUGUCGCAUGCCGUUCCCGGGCCGGAGCCUUGCUGAUACCCGUGCCGUCUUGGGACUGGAGAAUGUCCCUCAAGGUGACAAUCUGCUCCGUCACACACCUGUUUUGCUGGAGCACUGCGCUGAUGAUCCGCUGGUGCUGGUUGGUAACGGUCGAAUACUUAGAGAUACCCUGCGAGGAUUCGGGAGCAAGGUCGAAUGGAAAGAAUACCAAGAAGGAGGGCAUUGGUUUAACUCUCCCACUGGGAUGGACGACGUCGUUCGGUUUCUCCACAGUUUGGGCUUGACAUUGAGCAGAGGAAUACAAGGCAUCGGUGCUGGUGACGCCAUGGAUUUAUGCUGA